AUGUGGAAAAAAACCUUGAAUUUGGACUCAAGUGCGCAAGUCUUUUCUGCCAAUCUAUAUCCACCUUGUCCACAGCCUGAACUCGCAAUGGGUUUGCCACCUCAUUCAGAUCAUGGCCUCUUCACCCUCCUUAUACAGAAUGAUGUUCCAGGCCUUCAAGUGCAACACAAUGGAAAGUGGGUCAGUAUCAAUCCCCUUCCUAUCUCUUUUCUGGUAAACACUGCCGAUCAGCUUGAGAUUUUCAGCAAUGGGAAGUACAAGACUCUCAUGCAUCGAGCGAUUCUGAAUAACAAAGUUACAAGAGUCUCUAUAGCAAUGGCCAAUGGACCCUCUUUCGAAACAAGUGUUGGCCCAGCUUCCAAGUUGGUAGACAGUGAAAAACAUCCCGCUGCAUAG